GAUUAAAAGGACAUUUGGUUAUUCAAACAAGACUGGUAUCAAGACAGCUUUCAAGGUGCUAGUGAUACCUAUCCUCGAGUACGCCUGCCCAGUCUGGAAUCCUAUCUGGUGAAACACACCAAGGCAAUCGAAGCAAUUCAGAGAAGAGCGUCCCGACUAAUAUGUGGCCCCGACAAAGAAUAUCCUGAAAGACUUUUAGAGUUAAAAUGGGACUCUUUAGAACUGAGAUAUAUUAAUGAUUGGAACUCUUUGCCUUCUGAAGUAAUGUCAUCUCCUAGCCUUCAGUCUUUUAAAGUUUCACUGAUUAAGUACCUUCGCUCAUAAUUUACCUUAAAAUAUUAGGCAUAGUGUCUUUAAUAUAAGUUUAUGCAUUAUUAUUAGGCAUCUAGGUUUAUAAUUUAUAGUCUAAUUUAUAGUCUUUUAAUAUAUGUUUAUAUUAAUUAAUUUUUUUUUCUUUUUUUUCUUUUUUCUUUUUUGGAAGGUAUGUCUUAGCAUGGGAAUUUGGUUUCCCCCUACUACCGUCCUGUUAACCAUUUUUGUAUUUUUGUUCGAUUGUAUAUGUUAGUAUUAGUUCAUUUGUAUCAGUUAUGUAUGGUUACGAACUGUGAUUAAAGAUUAAAGAUUAAAGUAUUGGAAAGCAUGAAUUACCAAGGGCUUAUGGUACAGGGUACAGUCCUGAAUUUAGUCCUCAUUGGCCUUUUUGAUUUUAGAUUGACAAGAGUCUGGCUGGAACACUUGUGCCAAUUAAGGAAUCUCGAAUGCAACAUGAGAACUUCUGGAUUGGUCCUAAUCAGGUACAUUCAUUUGGCAGUGAUACUGGUAGAUAAUAAUUUAGACAUCAUACAUGUAGCAUGUUUGAUAGUCUGUACUUCAUGUAAAGCUUCUUAUCAUGUCCUAAGCCACACUCAUGUUAUAAUUUGGUGGUUGGGGGAUUCAAAUCUGUAUGGCUUGUGCAAUGAUUACAAGAUGUAAUUGGUUGAAUAUUUAUAAAGCACAAGCCAUAGAUAUUUUGCAAGUAAAGAUUAGUAGGAUCUUUGUUGAGUUACUUUAAUUUAAACCUACACACACCAAGACUUCAUGACAAUAUUUUACUUUGUAGCGAGGAUUAAUCAGAAUGGGGGCCAAGUUUGCUCCUUGCAUGCGUGUGGACAGUAAACUGCAAGACGUGCUCCAGGAAGAAAGGAGAAAUGAGAGCGAUACAGGAUGCUGUAUAAAGUCUGAUGGAUCAGGAUGCAUUCAGACAUCGCAGAAAGAGUGUUCAGUAAGUUUGACUGACAGGUAGAUUUUACCUGUAAGCAGGCAUACUUGAGUGAAUUAGGGGAAAAUGAUGGCAUCAAUGGCAGCUAAAUCUCAAAACUUUUUCUUUAAUUAGCACAAGUAAGCCUGCUUGCAGGCCAGAGUAGUCUAAUUGGGUUUAAGAAAGUGCAUGAAUCACUUCCUUUAGGGUCAUUAUACGGGAAAAAACUGAAAUACUUGAUUGAAUCACUUUCCUAACCCUAAUCACUAAACUUCAGAGUUAUGAGGGAUCCUGAAUACCCCCUUCUGAGGAAAAAGGGCAAGUUGUACGCAUAAAUACUGGAUUUCAAAGAUGGAAGCUGAGUGUAUUCCUUAUUCUUUCAGAAAGUUAGUUUCAAUCUACUCUAGUCUUAGUGCAGAAAUUCCAUACUGAUAACGCAUCACUACCCAGAUCUGGGUGGUGAUGUGUCAUCAGUAUGGAAAUUCUGCGCUCGUUCUUCAGACAAUAUUUCAUGGGGAUACCGUUGGUGGCGUUGCGAAAUGCUGGUUGUUUUCUCACCAAACUUCAUAGUUAUUUGGUGCUCGGUGGCCAUUUACAAUUCUGCAAAAUACUCCUGCCAUGUUUUUCCACUUUUGUUGGGAAUAGACUUGGUGCCAUUUGGCAAUUUCAGGCAUGUAAAGUUUUCUUUUUUAAUGACUUGAAGCUGUCUGUCAUUGAUAAUAAUGAUGGCAUUUUGUUUUUAAUUCCAGAGAGCAUUUGCUUCCUUCAAAAAAUACUCCAAAGACAACAAAACAAGGAUUGUGUGUGGACAAGAUCCAAGGUAACUACAUAGAUUGCUUACAGUGAAAAAGAAUAUCAAUGUUAACUGGAAAAAGAAAAAAGUAUUAAUGUUCAUUGCAAUCAAGCUGAAUUGUCGCAUGUCUCAAUUGAUGAUUCAGCUUAAGGUGAAUACAGAAACCAUGAAGUUCAUGGUGUCGGGAACAUUUGAUGACACUUAACAGAGAUGAGAAUUCUUCAACCUUAAAAGGAGUGUUACUCAGCCAUGAUGAUGCCAUGAUGAUUCUUUCCCGCCCUCCUUCCCCCCCCCCCCCCCCCCCCCUUGGGGAGACUCGCGUAUGAAAGAGACCGCAAUGCUCGUUGUCCCCCAUAUUAUAUGCAGAACUUGAUCUCACUAUUAUUCCCUAUAAAAGUAUUGCUUAGCGUUAUACGUAAAAUGCUGUGAAACCGUGUUGUAGUGUGGUCCAUUCUAGAGGUCAAAUAAGGCCUCAUGUUUUUCUCCUUUGGAGGUUUAAAUCAGUCUUCCGACGAGCGUCCCCGUCUAUUUCAUGUGGGAGUUUCUCCCUGAGUUUUUUGCUGGAAAUGGGUAUCCUUCUUCCCUGCUGUUUUUUUUUCUAGAUCGCAACAGGCAGGGUGCAAAGAAAGUCAUUUUUACAGCUUGCCAUUCGGGCAAGCUGAAUCUAACAUUAUUUUACUAGCCCAAACAUCAUUUCAACCAGCACCAAAAACGUUUUGAUGUGCAGAUUGAUUUCACAGUUCUCCUGUAUUUUGAAUUCCUCAAAAAACUUCACUUGCCCGUCGGGCAAGUUAAUAACAGAAUUCACUAGCCCUAUAGCAAAAUCCAGUAGUCCCGGGCUAUCGGACACUGCCUUCUUUGCACGCUGAACAGGUCUCUUUAGGUUGUAUGUUCGUUUCCAACGCAGGUCAUGUGAUAAUACUCAAGAGAAAAGUUUCCUUUCACGUAGUUAUAUGUACGCAUAAUCUAUAAAAAGGCAAAGAAUCAAAUUCUCCCGGAAGCAUCAUUCGGAAAACAAAACGUACUAACUUAAGAGGUCUAUUCAAAGUGUAGACUACGAACAGUCUCUUUUUUUCGUAGUCUGUCGAGCGAAACUUGUGAGACACAAAAAUGACCACUCGCGUGACUGAAGGCGCGAGACGAGAAAGCGCGCGUGCACUGAAGAAAAAGAUAGACUGGUCGCAGUCUAUUCAUAGUGUUGGUUACUUGUUCCUUAACAGAACGUGCUUGGACCCACCAGAUGUCGCUCCUGAUAGAUGGGAUUCGCAGGAUAUCACCAAAUGGCCGGUAUGUUGUCAGGGCCACUUACAUUUGUACAUUUGAAACAGAGUUUAACACCAAACAUGCAAUAAUUGACAUAUUUAUACAAAUAAUCAAAGUUACUAGAAAUGCUUAGUGCGUAGUGCUCUAAGCACCAUUUUUAGUGCACUAAGCAUCAUUACCUUUGAGGAGUUUAACAAUUGGCUUUUCUAUAAUCUAUCAUGUUCAUUUUUAUUGUUUCUUCAAAGUUUACAAUUUUAUUUUCUCACUACCCACAAAUCGCAAAAGCUAGUGUAGGUGGGCAGUGUCUUUAUAAAAAAAAGGCACUCCAACCUUAGAACUGCAGGUUAUAAGGCGUUGUAUUCCCCUCGCGGAGUCGGGCAACUAAGUUUUAAGUGAAGGCAAUCGAAACUGAAAUUUACUUGCCAACUUGGCAAGAGAGUUUCAAUUUUUUUGCCUGCCCUGAAUUUCCAACGAGCCAGAGCCCGGGAUAGGGAAUUGGGCGGCAUCCAAAGUUAAGUUUCCGUGAUGGUUAUCGGAAAUAAAGAAUAGAAAAUUUCAGAGCAGUUUUUGCUAUAUUGUAGGUGUGUAAAAAGAACAAGCCGAAUUUAUCUCCUACGGACUAUCCUCACAUGACCUGUGAAAUCACUGGUCGGCCUUGCUGCAUGGGAAACGAAGCCAGAUGUGAAAUUGUCAGCAAAGGAGUGUGUGAUUUUUAUAAUGGUACAUGGCACGAGAAUUUUACACUAUGUUCACAGGUAAGUGGUGAGAAACGUAGCUUGUGUACGCCCCCCCUCCCCCCCUCUGAGGGGAGGGGGGCUGUACGCAGGUAAUUGGAAACGGUGAUAUUUUAAAAUUGUUUUUAAAGGGACAGGUUCACGGUUAAGCGCCUGCUCAUUGAUUAAAUUACUUCUUUCCAAUUUAUUAUUAAUUUUAUCGGUUAAUAAUCCCACUCACUUGUAUCUCAGCGAUCUCAGGGUGUAUUUCAAAGUAGAAUUGUAUUUCAGAGUAACCUGAAGUAGGAUGGAGGACGUAGGGGAGAAAUGAAUGCGUGACAAACGAACCCCAAAGGACGUCUGCGGGGAGGCUAAUGGCAAAUUGCAUUAUAUCAAAAUGUUAGUAAUAUAAACAGCAGCCGGGAAAUAAGUAAAUUAUCCGACCGUUAUGAGAAGAAAAUAUUACACUCUGAGUUUUGAAAAGGGUUCAAUCUUACGGCCGACGGGAUAUUCACAUACGGUGUUUGUUGUUAGCUUUAGUGACUCUCUCUUGUAGCUUUUCCAACACAGUUAAUGCCCAAAGGCAAUCUACACUAUGUUGUAGGCGUAAAACAUGGAUCGUUCGACGUAUUUGUUUUGUUUGUAUGCGACAUUCAAGUAAGUUGUAGGUUAAAUUGGCGCGGAAUUUUUUUCGUACAACUUGUGUAAAUAGAUGGCCCGCUUUUAGCUUGUUCGCAGGUGCAUAGCUGCUUGAAAUUUCGUCUGUCGAUCGUAGUUGAUUCACUUUAAAACGAACUGUUCAUGCCAGUGAAGCUCAGCAUUCGGCUUGGGCUUUCUUUAAAGCGGAGCUCCACGCGCGCGCGAGCUUAGCCCCAUACCCAAGAAAAUGUGGUAAUCUACCCAUUUGAGACAUUUUGGUAAUCACGUGACGGUCCGCCCUCCCGCCCGUCCACACCACAGGCAUACCAAUGUAAAAUAACUCAAUCAACAGGUAUGGCAACCCAAAUAUUUUGGCGAGAAAUCGCAUAGCCACGCGCGUCUUGUGAAGCAGGGACAUCUAAAGUCAUUAAAGACGAAAACGGAAAUCUGAAAUUGUUUCUGUAUCCGUAUUGCCUAAAGUAUUAAGCUCAGAUUAAUUGUCACGUCCACAAAUUUGGAAUAUAGAGAAAGAGAAAGACAGAGAAAAAGAGAAAGUAGGCGACAGGCCAGCGAAGCUCAACGAGAAAAAGAGCGACAGAGAGCUAGAGCUGGAGAUAAAAAACAAAGGAGACAUUAGGGCCAUUUAUACGAGGAAAAAUAAGACGCGAAGUGGACCAUUUAUACGAGCAUGUCUUAUCUAAGUCUUCUGUAUACUUAAACUUACUUUUAAAGUGUAAAGUUUAUAAUACGAAGAUAGCAAUUUGAUUAGUAAUUGUAACUUGUGAUAGUUUAAAGUUAAAAGGGUCUACUUACACCAUACCAGCAGAUGUCACUCGUUUGUCCAGGAGGUCUGUUAUCGCCUUCUCCUUACAUAAUAGCAAAAAAUAUUUUUCCUCGGCGAUGGACCAAGUGUUUCUUUUUUACCUUUAACGGCGUGCUCGUUGUAUUUGAGCGAAGACAAAAAUAAAGCAGAAGAGACAAGGAAACUAAACGCGUUGUAAUUUGUAAACAAUUUUUCCCCGCCAGUGGCCUGCCAGUACACCGCGGGGCAAGCGAUAAUUUUCCCGCCAAAAAUUAACGCAUGCGUACUAUGCGUUCGCGUCUUAUGUAAGACGCGAAGGUCAUUUAUACGAAGUUUUUCUCGUGUUAGCUAAGACGCGUCUUAUCUAAGAACAGGUGUUAAGGGUUGUUCUAAAAUAAGACGCGUCUUAGCUAAGUCGCGUCUGAUUUUAGACGAAAUGUGCCGUUUAUACGGAAAGUUCGCGUCUUAUUUUUCCUCGUAUAAAUUGCCCUAUUUAUUGUUGGAAGAACAACAUGAAAAUUUUGUAGCGGCGGGGAGAAAAUGAGAAAUGCUAGCGGCCACCAAGAUGAAAAUGAGCGGCAGUGAAAAAACAAAGUGAACAAGAACACGUACGACAUUUCCUAUAUAAAACGUGUAACCAUGACGUUUCUGGAAGUUUCACGAUGUAGUCGUGCAAAACAACGGCAAAGAAAUGUACAAAAAAGUGUGCUGCACGUGCAAAGUUGCUUUUUUGCUAAUUAGACCUAUUGUUGUUUUUUCACCGUUCUCGUUACCUUCGCCGCUAGCAUUACACGAUUUUAUAUUUUGUUUGAGCAAACUAUAGAUAUUAUCGACAGCUUCGCUUUUAGCCCUGGCUAAAUCUAUAAAUUAGAUUGCGUAUAACACGAACAAAUUAUUUUACAUACAGUAGGAAAUAAAACAACAUAUGAAGAAGACGAUUGAUAACGUUUGAAAACCAAAAACUGCUUUCAAAAAACGUCCUUAAUAUUUCUUGUCAACUUUGUCAUUGAAACCGCCUGCAGAUUUCCUUCACUUAAGGCCUGUUUACAUGGAGGUGGGGGACCCCAGGUAGGUGAGGUAACCCGCUUAGGUGGGGUAACCCGCCUGUCCAUAUAAUCUUUCAUUUUCAUUUGAUCACGUUUACAUGAUAUUGAGAUUAGCCCGGUCUACCAGACCGGGUUAUCAGCCGGGGUCACUACGUAAACAAAUGUAACCCGCCUUUUACAUACAUUCGUGAAAUCAAAUUCGCGCAAAAACAACGUAUAAAGUUAACAAUAGAAACGAUUGCAUAACGGGUUUGCAAAACCAACAACGGCAUUAAUCAAAAACUCGUGGUUUGCCAGCAUUUUCUUGUUUACGUGCUUAGCGACCAUUCAAUAAUUCUUGUCAACUUUGUCAUUGAAACCGCCUAAGCGGGUUACCUCACCUACCUGGGGUCCCCCACCUCCAUGUAAACAGGCCCUUAGUAGGCUUUUCAACAAUUUUUCUUCAUAUCUUAACAAAAAAUAAAUGAAAUAGUGCUAAUGAUGGUAAUGAUACUCACGUUUUCCAUUGGUUGUUUACGUAAAAAAUAACCCUUUUUCACGUUGAAUAGUGAGCUUGCAAAACGACGGCACAACGCGAACAUUUAUGAAACUCUAAAGCCACCACCCCAUCGAGACUUCUCAUGUGGUGGAUAAAAAUUGUCGUCCGGAGAACUCGUCGUUGCGUGUCCACCUCCUCCACAAAGCUCCUUUUAUAUGAGGGAGGUUUAGUUUUCAAGGAAAACUUGCUGCUGAGAUAAUAGUGCUGCGGUGUUAAGAACUUUACCAAAAAGUGUGCUGCACGUGCCAAGUUGGUUUGCUCAUCAAGGCUUGUUUACACUAGCCUGCGCGGCGGGUGCCGGUUACUUCUUUUGGUCAGUUUUUCAGAGCGCGCGAAGGCGGCAACACGCGCAGGAAAGAGCAGCCCUGGGAAAGAGGAGGCCUCUUCUCCUUUUCUCGUGCGUGCGCUCGUGUCCUUGAAAUUCCUAGGUACGUUUACACGGGCGAUUUUAUUGCGUAAUUUGUCUCGCGACGGGAACUACAAUUAGGUUGCAACUCGAAAAUCGCCCGCAUGUAAAAAGCCUCCAAUAUUAUUGCCAUCAGUUCAGUAAGAUUUGUCGCUAGCAGAAAACAGCAAAUUCGAUUCGCGAGUCGAGCACGGGGAACGGAAAAAAGAAAAACGGGAACAAGAUGUAACAUUAACCUUGUCCCCCAACCUCAUUACCUAUUCUCUAUUUGUUCCCGUUUUUUACCCCUCCCUCCCACCGUUCCACCGUUUUAGUAUCACCCACCCGACCGUGCAUAUGAGAAUGUUGUAUCUCUCUUUUAGGUGGAUUGCAUUAGCGACACCUGUGGUAUGUUGGAUUUUCAUCGCAAGGAUAAGCCUGACCAAAUUUAUCGUCUUUGGAUGGCAAUCUUUGCUCAUGCAGGGUAAUUUUGACACUUAUUGUGCACACAAUUGUAAAUGUUUGCCUAAAAUGGGCGAAAUUUACUUGAAGGUUUGAACCUAUAGAAUGUUUUCGCUUACGUGGCCAGCAUGUAUGCAGAUUUAUUGGAACAAAAGAAUACAUUUGCAUAAGAAAAGAGUUCAACUCCCAGAGGACUGGUUUGGGACACCAACAUGGCCGCCGUUUCAUUGUUUUGGGACACCAAUAUGGCCGCCGUGACGUCAUGUGAAAACACUCUAUUGAGUAGUUUCUAGGGGUGCCCACGUUAGAGGUAGUUCACAAGUUUCACUUAACACUGUUGUUUGAACUCCCAUCAAGAGAAAAAUGAAAUGUGUUGCAUGACAAUUUUUUUUCACUCUGUUUUUAGGAUAAUUCAUCUUUGCUGCACUUUGAUCUUUCACAUUACCAUCAUGCGCGACAUGGAAAAGAUGGCCGGCUGGCUUCGCAUGGCCAUCAUCUAUAUAUUUAGCGGGAUUGGCGGCUAUCUUUACAGUGGAAUACUUCUCCCGUACCAGGCUGAGGUAAUCAUUUUCGUCCUUUGGAUUGUUUUUCUUUUUUGCGCUUAAUCCGUCGACACUAUCAUCCAUAGCUUUUGCCUUUGCCGAAUAUUCGCCACUUAAGAAACGAGAGGGAAACUGGGGCGAGUGACCGUUCGCAAAGACUUCUGGGACAGUUACUUGGGACAUUGGCCAAUGGCUGACCAGCGCUUGUCCUGUAACGAUCCCCUAAACAAUUGCGGGACGCAUUUGGGCUCCAGUCCCCUUCUCGUUUCUAAGGCGGCGAAUGGGCUGCACGGGACCUUGCCCCACUUAAAAGCCUUUUUAUUUUUGCAGGUCGGCCCUUCAGGCUCCAUCUUUGGUGUAAUCGCCUGUCUGUUUGUGGAGUUAUUUCAAAGUUGGCAGAUCAUAGCCAGACCAGUAACAGCUCUACUCAAACUCUGUGGGUUAGUCUUGCUCCUCUUGGUCAUAGGUCUUCUACCUUACGUCGACAACUUCGCCCAUAUGAUCGGCUUUGUGUUUGGAUUUCUGUUGGCCUUUAUCUUUCUUCCGUACGUAUCAUUUGGCGAGUUUGACAGGCGACGGAAGCAGAUUCAGAUAGUUGUGUGUUUUGCGCUGGUUAUUACGCUGUAUGUCGUAGGAUUUUUAGUGUUUUACAUCUAUCAGGGGUCUAGUUGUGACGGUUGUGAGUUCUUAAACUGCAUUCCAUUCACGCCUGAUUUCUGCAAGCCCUACACCCUUGGACAAAAUCUUCAACCGAGAACGAGAUAGUCGCCUACAGACAAACUAGACGUAGAGUAGAAAAAGGAUUUUUUUAUUUGGAAUAAGAGAGUGAUAAUGCGUUAUGAAACCUGUUGUUUGCACAAUGUAACAUUGUAUUCGCUGCUCAGUGAGUACGCUGUGGUUAUGACAGUCUUUUCGAUGGCCCUAGCUCGCUUUCCUACGGGAUACACAAGAGUUCGUACGGUGCACUUCAGAGUCUAACAAAUAGGAAUCGCUGUGGCGCGAACACUACAAACCCAGGAGUCACUAGACGACUAACAGCCCACUUAAAUCCGUUGAAGGCGUAGUGACAACAACACGUGCAAAGAAAUGUGCUGGUGACGUCACUCGAUGGUGACUCACCUUUAACACUGGAAUUUUUGUUUAUAAUUACAUGGAGUGGUUUUUGCUUUGCGAGCAUUCGUACCACCCCGUCAACAUACUUGCAUUUUGUUAUGGCGGAUGUAAAGUAACUUAAGUGUGUACUUUUUGCCAAUAAAAGUUGCUAAAAAGGAAGUUUAUCGAUAAGAUCUCUAAUGUACGAACAACUUAGCUGUAUAGUAAUUGAAAUACAAUUUUGAAGAAAAUAUGGAAUGAAAGAAUAUGAAGUGUUUUUAUCUUAAGUAAAUGUCUUUAAAUCGGUAAACAGUCAUUCUUUGAAAUUUAAGAGGCAGAAAGGGGGUUUCCGGGAAAACUCAU